AUGGACCAUACCGGUGCCGCCCGAGGGUAUGCUCCGCAUGUAGACAAUCCGGGCUCUUAUCCAGUCUUCAAGACAGUCAAUCCAGGUGAUGGGGGAGCUAUUCAAAGCGCGAUCGAUACUGCUGGAAAUGGUAAUCGUCAGAACCAAUGGCUUGCAUCGCAGCCCCGUGUGGUUUAUAUUCCGCCUGGAACAUACACGAUCAGCAAGACUAUCAACAUGCGAACCGAUACCAUUCUCAUGGGCGAUGCGACCAACCCUCCUAUUUUGAAGGCUGCCGCUGGAUUCAACGGCCAGACACUUCUCAACGGUCAGGAUCCUUCUACAGGAGUGUCUGGUGAGAUCUCAUUUGCUGUUGGCUUGAAGAAUCUGGUUCUUGACACUACUGCCGUCAAUGCAGGCCAGGGUUUUACUGCACUCUACUGGGGAGUCGCUCAGGUCGCCCAGCUUCAAAACAUCAAGAUUCAAAUGCCCUCUUCAACCAACGGUGAAGGACACACUGGUAUCAAGCUUGGCCGAGGCUCAACCCUUGGACUCGCCGACGUCCGAAUUGAGAAGGGACUUAACGGCAUCUGGCACAACGGCCACCAGCAGGCGCUCUACAAGAACAUCUACUUCUACCAAAACACCGUCGGCAUGCUCAUCUCAGGAGGUAACACCAUCACCCUUCUCGCUCCAACUUUUGACACCGUCGGCACGGGUGUAAAGAAUACCGGCGGCAGCCCCUUUAUUGGUAUUGUCGAUGGCAAGUCCAUCAACUCUGGUGUCACAUUCGAUUCCUCGGUAUAUCCAUCCAUCGUCAUCGACAACCUCACCAAGGACACCAACUCGAACAUUGUACAGCUGCCUAGCGGUACAGCCCUCGGCCCCUCCAGUCACGUAAACAAUUUCUCUUUCGGAAACACAGUUGGUCGUAACCCCAUCUACGGCGCGACAAACUCUGGCACCACUCGCCCUGGUGGUGUUGCUCCCGGCGGCAAGAUUCCUUCCAUUGCGGCGCCCACUUUCGCUAACAACCCUGUUUCGGACUUUAUCAACGUGAAGGAUUCGAAGCAAAAUGGCGGUCAGACCAUCAAAGGUGAUGGCUCCGUCGAUGAAGCUGCGGCACUAAACAAAGUUCUCCAGUACGCUGCCGAUAAUAAGAAGAUUGCCUACUUCCCCUUCGGCGACUACCGUGUUGAGUCAACUCUCCUUAUCCCAAUUGGGUCUCGCAUCGUUGGAGAGGCAUGGUCCACCAUCUCCGGAGCAGGAAACUUCUUCAAGUCGUCAUCUAGUCCGAAGCCUGUCGUGCAAGUUGGUAAGCCAGGCGAUGUAGGUGUAGCUCAGAUCCAAGACAUGCGCUUCACCGUCGCAGACGUCCUGCCAGGCGCUAUCAUCAUCCAGUUCCAAGCUGCUGGCUCAAAUCCAGGCGAUGUUGCUCUCUGGAACUCCGUUAUCACUGUCGGCGGAACUCGCGGCGCAACACCAUUGACUAAUGCUUGCACAAACCCCGGAAAGGAGUGCCAGGCCGCAUUCUUGGGCAUGCAUUUCGCCAAGGGAUCUUCUGCCUAUGUUGAGAACGUCUGGAAUUGGGUCGCAGACCAUAUUACCGAAGGCUUCAACGGCGGAUCUAGCAUCGCCGGAAAGGGUGGUGCCUUGGUUGAGUCCACAAAGGGAACUUGGUUGCAUGCUCUGGGCAGCGAACAUUGGUGGCUCUAUCAGCUUAACCUCCGAUCUGCUUCCAACGUUGUCGUUACUCUUUUGCAAAGCGAGACCAACUACGAGCAAGGCGACAACACGCAACAGAUCCCUCCGGCGCCAUGGACGGCCGAUGUUCAGGGAUGGGGUGAUCCUGAUUUCUCGUGGUGUGGCGGUGGUGAUAAGCGUUGCCGCAUGGGAUUCGCCAACUACAUUAACGGAGGAUCUGAUAUUUACUUCUACGGAUCAGCAUCAUGGGCGUUCUUCAGCGGUCCCGGAUACCAGGGCUGUGCUGGGGCGUACCAGUGCCAGAAAUAUAUGCAUUACAUUGCAAAGACUCCUAAGAACCUUCAGGCUUACGGCUUGUGCGCCAAGGAUACCAGCGUUGCUCUUCGUCUUGGCGAUGGCACUGACAUCCAGGCACAGAAUGGAUUCACUGGAGGAUGGAAUCCGGGUUCAGACAUCGGUCGCUACACGACCUAA